CAACGUCACCUCGACUGCGAAUUCUGCAACAAUGCCUUUUGCUGGUCACAAUCCGCGAAACCCGACGGUGGAGGAAGGGGACGAUGAGUCAAAUGCGGGAUGGGGUGAUAGGGCCCCGAAGACGGAGCAGUUUCAACAUGCGUGGCCGGAGAUCUGCACUCAGCAUGACUUCAUAUUAUCGUCGCAUCUCGAGAUGCUGCAGCAGUUGAAAAGUCAGAUUCAGCCAGACGGACAGGCAUUCCAACUGGUAUCGAACAUGCUUGAGAAGACGAAUAAAUUGGUAACGCAGUUCAAUAUCCUCAAGCGGCAGGUUGUACCACAGCUCAACGCAUUCAAUCUGAAAUCGGACCCGAGUUCAUCCGAGACUGCACCCGGAAACCAAGGUCGCCGUUCAGAAUCAACGUCGACGUCAAGCUACCAAGCACAACCGCCUAGACCAGGCCUGAAGCGCGCACUUGUGAACGAAGAUGAGUCAGAAGCAGACGUUGGGACCGCAGCGGAAAUCCCCGGGACCAAAGCUCCGCGCCCAGUAGCGGUGCCCUCUACGCGCUCCCACAAACGGACACGGCUUGAAAAGUCUAUCCCCGGGGCUGAUGAAGACGCUAUGAACGUGACGCCUGUGUCAGUCGAGACCGAGGAUAUCUCAGAGGAGGUGCAACGACGGCUAAAGAUCAAAGAGGAGCAACGUAAGAAACGGGGCACUUCCAAAGCGGACAAGCGCAAGCGAGAUAGUAUGACUUCCAAUGGAAGUGCCUCUUCGCCUGGAACCAUAACGAAACAUGCUCGAAAGAAGGCCAAAGUCGGGACAAAGCGGGACCGCUAAUGCCUUGGUGGGGGACCUUGGAGGGUUUGCAACGGGUGAUUCGAUGCUUGGAUUAUACUUUCGAAUCGGAAAUAUUUGGGAUAUAAUUAGAAAGACGAAAGUGGAGUUACCCCGGACUGAUGUCACGGACCGAGCCGUGCAUGCCCUGACUCAAUGUCAAGUAGCCAAAGGGAAUGCAAGCCGGAGUUAGGCCAGGGCUGACUCGAUCGUUCCUGGCGGUCCAUCCGAACUAUACAGCCUCUCUG